AUGUUCCUUUGGACUCGAGGAUGUCAACUAGUUGCUCGCCGUCAGCCCAUCACCAUCGCUAAGCGAGCUGCACACAAGAAGCCUUCCAUUCAAGUAGAACUGCAUGAGUAUGUACCGGGAGUAGGUGUUGCUGGUGAUGUUGUUGCUGUCCGUCCUGGAUUGAUGCGAAAUGUGUUGUAUCCUGCUGGCAAGGCAAACUAUAUCAACAUGCAUCAAGGACCACGUAAUCGUCAAAAGGAGGAGCAAGACAAGUUAUCGGCAGCUCAACAGGAUAAGGCAUCCUCUGUCAAAGCAGCUCGACGACGUGAACAUGCUAGCAACUUGGGCUCUACGCUUGCUGGCGUAAGUAUUUUGGACUUCAAGCGUGCCGUGGUUCCAGACAGCAUAAACACAUUCGGAUCGGUAACAGCGGAUGAUCUUGCCGGCAAGCUCAAGGAUGAAUUCGGCAUCACUAUUGAUAAGCAUUCAGUCGAAUUCAAGGAUGGCCGUAUCAAAUCGUUGGGUGAACAUCAGGUUGUUAUUGCUGGUCAUUCUGUUAAGGUGGUGGUCAGUGCGGCUUAA